AUGACCGGCACUAACGGAACCAGCAAGGACCGAAGCCGAUCCCCCCGAAAGGAGCUCAAGGUCGACCCGUCCAAGCUUACCGAUGCUGACCUCGCCGAUGGGUUCUCUGCAUCCGACAUUUUCGGGUCGAAGACGUCCAUGAGCGGCUACACCUACGAUGAUCUUAUCUGUCUGCCCGGGCACAUCAACUUCGGUGUGCACGAUGUGGCGCUGGGCACACGAUUUUCAAAGAAGAUCGCGCUGAGAACGCCCAUCGUCUCUAGCCCGAUGGACACGGUCACGGAGUCGAACAUGGCCAUUGCUAUGGCACUGGAAGGAGGCAUCGGCGUCAUCCACACCAACCUGCCAGUCGAGACCCAGGCCGCCGAGGUUGCGCGGGUGAAGAAGUUCAAGGCGGGUUUCAUUCUGGAGCCUCGCUGUGUUCCGCCCACGAUGACGCUGGAAGAGUUGGACAAGCUCAAGAGCACUCUCGGCUUCACGGGCUUCCCGGUGACGGAGAGCGGGCAGAUGGGAGCCAAGCUUCUGGGUCUUGUCACGAAGCGCGACACGGAUUUUGUCCAGGACCGUCAGACCCGGCUCAGUCAGAUUAUGACCCCGGCGGCCGACUUGGUCACUAAGCUCGAAGGCUGCGACCUCAUCGAGGCCAACGAGACGCUGCAGAAGUCGAAGAAAGGAAAGCUCCCGAUUGUCACUAAGAGUGGCCUUCUGGUUGCCCUGGUUGCAAGAACCGAUAUCAAGAAGAACGUGGACUUCCCCAACGCCACGAAGCAUCCGGUGAACAAGGAGCUCCUGGUCGCAGCGGCCAUUGGCACACGCCCCGCAGAUCGUGAUCGAGUGAAGGCCUUGGUAGCAGCUGGCGUGGAUGCGGUCGUCAUUGACAGCAGCCAGGGUGACAGCGUGUUCCAGCACGAGAUGGUCAAGUGGAUCAAGAGCAACUUCCCCGACCUCCAGGUGGUGGCUGGCAAUGUAGUGACCAAGCGCCAAGCCCAGCACUUGAUUGAGUGUGGUGCCGAUGCUUUGCGCGUCGGCAUGGGGAUCGGCUCCAUUUGCACGACGCAGGAAGUGUGUGCCUGCGGACGGGCGCAGGCCUCGGCGGUCUACAACGUAGCCAAGCUUGCCAGACAUUAUGGUGUUCCGAUCCUGGCAGAUGGUGGCAUUUCCAGCCCAGGUCACGUCGUCAAGGCUCUGAGCUUGGGGGCGGGUGCUGCCAUGUGCGGCAGCCUUCUGGCCGGCACAGCCGAAACACCGGGGGAGUACUUCUAUUCCGACGAUGGAAAGCGCCUGAAGCGCUACCGCGGUAUGGGCUCCAUCGAUGCCAUGAAGAAGGGGAGUGAUGAUCGGUACUUUGGCACCGCCGCCGCGAUCAAGGUCGCUCAGGGUGUUUCUGGAACAGUGCAGGACAAAGGCAGCAUCCACAAGUACAUCCCGUAUCUCACGCAGGGCAUCAAACAUGGCAUGCAAGACAUCGGCGCCCAGAGCGUUGAUCAGCUGCAGUCCAUGCUGCAGGAGGGUAAGCUCCGCUUCGAACUCCGAUCUGCCGCAGCGCAGAGAGAGGGCGGCGUCCAUGGCCUUCACAGCUUUGAGCGCAAGCUCUUCGACAGCUGA